UAAAACCAAACGCCCUAUCCCCACCAUUCCCACUCCAUUAUUCUCUUCUCUCUAUCUCAUCUCCUCCGCCUGCAACCAUGAAGGUCGUAUCCAUGGCUAUCCUCUUCCUUUUCGCCCUCUUCGCCGUCUCCUCCGCCCUCGACAUGUCGAUCAUCGGCUACGACGCCACACAUAUGACCUCCGGCGAUUCCUCUUCCACCAACUGGCGUACUGACGAUGAAGUCAAUGCUAUGUACGAGUCAUGGCUCGUGAAACACGGUAAAACCUACAACGCUCUUGGGGAAAAGGACAGGAGGUUUCAGAUCUUCAAGGAUAACCUCAAGUUCAUCGACGAACACAACUCCGGCGACCAUUCCUAUAAGGUUGGACUUAACAAGUUCGCCGAUCUGACAAACGAAGAGUACCGGAAAACCUACACCGGAAUCAAGACGAUCGACGCUAAGAAGAAGGUUUCCAAGGCUAAGAGCGACCGGUACGCCGCCAGCCCCGCCGAUGACUUGCCGGAAUCGAUUGAUUGGAGAGCAAAAGGCGCCGUUUCGCAGGUCAAAGAUCAAGGAAGCUGCGGGAGUUGUUGGGCGUUUUCAACCACAGGAUCAGUGGAAGGGAUCAACCAGAUCGUGACAGGCGAUUUGAUUUCCAUCUCAGAACAAGAGCUUGUGGACUGUGAUACUUCUUACAAUGAAGGAUGCAAUGGAGGUCUCAUGGACUACGCAUUCCAAUUCAUUAUCAAAAAUGGUGGAAUUGACACCGAAGAAGACUACCCCUACACAGGAAGAGAUGGGAAAUGUGACACCUAUAGGAAGAACGCAAAGGUUGUUUCCAUUGAUGGUUAUGAAGAUGUUCCAGUCAACGAUGAGUCAGCAUUGAAAAAGGCCGUCUCAAACCAGCCUGUAUCCGUUGCUAUUGAAGCCGGUGGUCGUGAUUUUCAGUUCUACACUUCGGGUGUGUUCACAGGAAAAUGUGGGACCGCUUUAGACCACGGUGUGCUGGCAGUUGGGUACGGGACCCAAGACGGGAAAGACUAUUGGAUAGUGAAGAACUCAUGGGGAGCAGAGUGGGGUGAAUCAGGUUACUUGAAAAUGGAAAGAAACAUUGCGGAUAAAACAGGGCUUUGUGGUAUAGCAAUGGAGCCAUCUUACCCCAUCAAAACUGGCCAAAACCCACCGAACCCUGGCCCAUCUCCACCAUCACCGGUCACACCUGAAACAGUUUGUGAUGAGUACAGCACCUGCCCGGAAGGAACUACCUGUUGCUGUAUCUAUGAGUAUUAUGGUUAUUGCUUUGCUUGGGGCUGCUGCCCGUUGGAGGGAGCUACUUGCUGUGAGGAUCAUUACAGUUGCUGCCCACAUGAUUACCCCAUUUGCGAUGUGUGCAGGGGUACUUGCUCAAAGAGCAAGAACAGCCCGUUGGAAACAAUGGCAAUCAAGAGGAUUCUUGCAACACCAACCAAGGCAAAGAGGAGCAUUGCUUAAGAGGUGAAAGAUGAAGAGAGAGAGAGAGGUGAUCACGAUUUGCUUUGAGGGGUUGAAAUCUGAUAUGAUAGUUUUGUUUAUCAGAUUUUUGAUUUGUAAAUACUCUGGCAUUGAUUCUUCCUGUACUAUUUAUUGCAUUUGAACAGAUUCCCUGCUAUUUCCACAACUUUAAUUUAAGUCUGCAAAUAAUCUUUUAUGACAAUAUAUUUUAUUUGGUUAA